AAUAGCAGUUCAUGCCACAUCACAUGACAUUUGCAAUUUUUCGAUAUCGGUCAUCGACGGUAUCGGAGAUGGUCUUUAAGCGUGUGAUGAGGCUUUAUAGAUAAGGACUUCACAAAAUAAGAUUUUUUUUUCGUCGUUUGAAGCCACGAAAAACUUUCACUUGGCUUUACGCCAUGGACGCCAGAAACGAUUCAUUGACAUUACAUUUUGGACUACGUGAUAUUAGCUAGCUAGAUAACUUGCUAAAUUAGCUGACGUUGACUUGUAACGUUAAUCGAAAUGAGAGAAAGGUCUGAUGCUAGCUAGCCAAUUUUUAUGAAAAGCUCGUCGUUAUGUGUAGUUAGCUAACUUACUGUUGUUGGCUAGCAAUACUAGGGGCUAGCUAGCAAACACAGACAUUUGAUACAAUGAUGUGCAGCUAACGUUAGAGAUGAGUGGAGCUUGCUCGAACUUGCUUGGUCUAACUUACUCAAAAUGCUCCGUUAUUUAGUAGGUAGCUAAGUUACUUGCAAUAACUUUAAGGAAACCAUUCAUAUUGCUUGCUUGUUAGCUACUUAGCUUUCUACUGCAGUUUUCAAACCAGAUAGCUAACGUUAGCAAGGAUUAACUACUUCCUUGAAGUCUAUAGUUACUCAUCUUGGGAUAUUUUAGUUGGAUGUUGAGCCUCCAUCAGUAACCACGAUAUUAUUGACCAGAUAAGAGGCUAACAUUGCAUAGAGUUACUGGUUCAGUGGUUGAACUUGUUGAUAAGACUAGGUCUCAUUGCUAAUAUAGCUGGAUCCAUAACUCAGUUAGAUGGCAAACGUUAGCUAACUUAAUUGUCUUGAAUGACGGGGASUUAAUUCAAAAGCGCAUCAGACCAUGUUUUUGUACUGGUCUUACUUUCAAGAGACCAUUGUCAUUAGUUAAAUAAAUAGCUAGCCAGCUAUUUAAGUCAGUUGCUGAGGAUGACUGACUCAGAAAGUCCCCUUUCAAAUUCUGUUUUGGGAGACUUGCAGUGGCUUUGCAUGGUAACACUGUUCAUUGCAUCCAGCAUUACAUUGAUACUGUAUCUAAUACAGUAUUUUUACGACGAUCUACGGAUACAGAAGCCUGAGCAAAACAAUGCGGUUUCGGAGGAAGCGGACGCUCUGUUGGGAUGGGCGCUGUCACUGAAAAGCUGGAAAAGGCAGUGGAGAGGUGUUUGGUGCAGAGCGUUGAAUGACGAAUCGAGGAAGUCUGGGAGCCCAGUGCAACUAACAUUUGAAGAGGAGAGCCUUCAGUCAUCAGAGCUGGUGGUUGGCCAAGUGUCCAGCUUCAAAAAAUCUGCUGGUCAGAAGGCUGCACAAUGCAAGGUUGUCGGGGACAAGCUUCAGUUCUCCCUCAGUGCAUCACCAUCAGCCAUGUCUCCAGGAGAGCCCUGUAGUUACAGCGUGAAGAUAUCUCCACUUGAACUGCAGUUGGACUUGCAGAUGAGGGAGGGUGAAGGAGAGGUCUGGGUGGGCUGGGGGGUGUCCCAUCUGGAGACAUGGGACCUGCAGCUCAGCCCCAGCUUCACACAGGACAGUGCCACAGGCCCCAGUGUGGCUGCAAUAAAGGACGUGCUGAGACAGCUGCUGUGUGCGGCGCGUCCCUCCGUGAUGCUGAGUUGCAGGCCUGCUCAGGCCACAGAGGUCAAGGAGGCCUGUAAGCAGGUGACAUCACCGCCCAAGCCCCCCCGCGCUCACGACUGGAAGCUUCUGGUGAAGAAUAUCCGGGUGACAUGUAAGGAGCAGGAGGACGGUGCUGCAGGCCGUAUGAAUCCCCUGUGUGUGCUGCAGCUAGACGACCCUCCACAGAAACUCUCCACUUCAGUCCUACAGAACACAGCCAGCCCAGCCUGGGACCAGCCCUUCAUCUUUGAGCUGAAUGGACGAUCAAAAGAGCUCAAUAUUCAGCUGCUGGAUGAUGGGAAACCUCAGAACUCCUUAAUGGGUCAAGUGUCCGUGCCUUUUGAUCUGGUGAAGAAGCAACCCAAAGGACAGCAAACAUUUGCCCUCAUAUCCAAAGACCAAGUGACUGGGUCACUUACUGCUGAGUUUACCUACUUGGAACCUAGCGAGGUGCGGUCUUGGCAGUCCCCUACUCCAGCCCCCACUAAGAGAGUGGAGAUGGACCGCACGGUCAUGCCCUGCGGUACUGUGGUCACCACAAUCACUGCAGUGAAGAGUAAACCAGCUCGACCUCUACUGCCUGGACUCAGCAAAAAUCCAACCCAGCAGACCCCCUUGAAGCCUCCCAGCAGCACCAAGUCCAAGCUGUCGUCUCGGAGGGUGUCAGAGCAGCCAUCCAUGCUGGGGACGAUGGGGAGCAAGGCCCUGUCCUCCUCAGACACAGAGCUGCUCAUGCUCAAUGGGUCUGAUCCCGUAGCAGAGGCCGCCAUCCGCCAGCUCCACGAGUCAGCCAAGCAGAAGCUCAAGUCCCCGGUCAAGAAGAGCACCAUCAUCAUCUCAGGAGUGGCCAAGACCCCUCUUUCUCAGGAUGAUGAGAUGGCAUUGAUGGUGGGCUACGCUGCUGCGAUGGAUGCCUCCAUGUCGGAGCAGGGUUCUCAGGAGAUUUCUGUGGCGACUGCGUCAGUAGUAGGAGCCAGUAGCAACCCCCCGGCCGCGUGGUCAGAACCCCAGGAGGGCCCCAGUGGAGUUGCCCAGGCUCAAGCCCAGCAGGCCCCGGAGGACUGGGAGAGCCAAGCAGAAGAGGACCCAGACAGGAAUGCAGAUAAAACCUCCAUGUCCCUCUGCAUCUCAGAGUCAGGCUCCAAAAAGAGCAGGGGAGGCGGCUUCCUGCAAAAGAGUGCCAAGCUGUUCUUCCGCCGGCGCCGCCAGUGCAAGGACCCGGGUAUGAGCCAGUCGCACAACGACCUGGUGUACCUGGAGCAACCUGUGAGUGUGGACCGAGAGAAACGCACGGCCACUUUCAGCCGGAUGUUGAACCGCAAGCUGCUGCCCAAGAGCAAGAGCAAAGCCAACGGCUCCACAACCCAGACACCCACUCCCACCCUGGAGGAACAACACGCAGCCUGACUCUCCCUCCAAUAGUUCUGGAGCCCCCCACGCCGCCACUCCUACCGCCUCUAGCCCCUUCUUUAGUCCUCCAGCCCCCCACUCCACCACCCCUACCACCUGCUUCUUCCCCUCCUCUAGUCCUCCAGCCCCCCACUCCACCACCCCUACCACCAGCUUCUUCUCC